ACAAGUCCGGGUACCCUAAGGGCCGUGACGUCAGAGCCACGCUGCCGGUAUAAAUAGAGCGCCGGUCUCCGGAAAAAAUCAUUCGCUUCUGCGUCCUCACCAAGUACACUUGUACCUAUCUGCUCUCUUGUGAUCUCCACACAUACCCAACUACCAACCAUCACCAUGAGUUACUACAACGACUACAUCGUUGCUUCCAACAACUCUAUCAACGAGAACCAGCUCAACAGCAAGAAGGCGAAAUCCACCAAGUAUCAGCUCAAGCAGCUGAUCAAGCCUCUGCUCGCUCUCGUCAAGAAAGACAAGAAGAACAGCUACAAGAAGACUCAACAGCCCGAGUAUUACAACGACGAUAACCAAGAAAUCGAAGACAACUUCGCCAACGAAAUGCUCGAGGCUCAGAUCUUCAACGAAAUCGACAACUGCGAGAACUAUUCCGGCGUGCCAGUCUACCAAAACGGCACUAUGGACAUCAUGCCUGUCUUCCGCGGCCAGAACUACAUCCCGGUGCACUUUGCCAAAACCGAGGCAGGCACCUUCUUCUGGACCUCGAUGAUGGGCGCUGACAGCGACAUCGCCACCCACGGCGACUUGAAUUCCAUUACCAAUGGACAGCAAGCGCAACUGCAAGUGCCAUGCGAUCGUUGGGCCCAAGCCUAAGGAGUUUCCAAUGCCUUACAACUGGUGCCAGCUUUAACUCUUCGCACUCGACUACCAAAUCGAGUGCGAGGGCGACAACGAUUGUGAUCCUCGACUUUAACAUUAAGAUUGUGAUUCAUUUUGCUCAAUGAUACUGAUGAAUAACUAUUAGGGUUAGGGAAACAGAUUUUUUAUGUGGCUUCAUGUUUUCGAAGCCAACCAAUGUGAUAUUAAGGUUAGGAAUUUUGUGAUUCAUUCGCUUUAAAUGUGUCUUCCAUUUUUACCCAAUUGAUAUACUUAUAAGAAAUAAAUAACUGAACCGAAAUAA